AUGGCGGCAGAACCAAGUCCGACACGACGACGAGGCGUCGCCCAUGAUGCCUCGGAAGAAACGCCUCUUCUGCAAGGCGAUCGCUGCUCAAUCCUAACCUCAUCGACCUCAUCUUCCGGCCAAUUGGAAAAUGACUCGGCAACACCUCGCUCCGAUCCAGCCAGUCUGGGGAAGCCGCUGCCCAAGGUCCAAAUUGCCUUGCUGUGUUACGCGCGGAUGAUGGAGCCUAUUGCAUUCUUCUCCAUCUUUCCCUUUAUCGCGCAAAUGGUGAAGCGCAAUGGCAAUCUUACCGACUCCGAUGUUGGAUUCUACAGCGGCCUCAUCGAAUCCAUCUUUUCGGCAACCCAGACCGUCGUUCUCAUAUUCUGGGGCCGACUUGCAGACAAAGUAGGCCGCAAACCCAUGUUGAUCUGCAGCCUCUGUGGCCUGACCAUUGGACCGAUACUGUUCGGAGUCGCUACAACCAUUGGAGAGAUGAUUCUGUUCAGGAGUCUCGCUGGCGUGUUUUCGGGGUCGAGCUUGAUUCUCCGGACCAUGGUUGGCGACCACAGCACGUCCGAGACCCAGGCCGUUGCGUUUAGCUGGUUCGCAUUUGCAGGCAAUAUGGGCAUCUUUCUUGGUCCAAUUAUUGGCGGUGCUCUGGCAGAUCCUGCGAACCAAUACCCGAGUCUAUUCGCCGGCAUCGCCUUUUUUGAAAACUACCCAUAUGCCCUUCCAGGUCUCGUUGUUGGCGCUAUUAGCGUUACCGCCGCUCUGACUUCGAUGCUCUUCCUCGAGGAGACUUUGAACAGAAACGAGACCACUUUCCCGGUUUUGAAUGGCAACUCGGGAGGAGACGAUGCCUCCAAUAUGACGAUUUGCCAACUUGUCAAAGCGCCAGGGGUCAGUACCGUGCUCUGGAUUUAUGGCCACGUCAUGUUUCUUGCCUUUGCCUUUACCGCAAUUCUCCCGAUCGAGCUUUUCACUCCCAUUGGCAUUGGAGGUCUGGGAUUCUCAGCCAUGCAGAUCUCGAUAUACUUGGCUGCGCAGGGUGCUAGUCAGGCAAUCUGGCUAUUAUUUGCCUUCCCAUUUCUGCAGCACCGCCUAGGUACCAAGGGUGUUCUGCAAACGUGUGCUAUUGCGUACCCGUUGUUCUUCGCAGGGUACAUUGUCAUGAAUCUCCUGCUUCGGGACGGUGGUCAGGCUGCUAUGGUUUGGUUUUGGAUACUCGGCUCCGUGGUCGCGUUCGUCGGUCCCGGCGUAUCCAUGGCCUUCACUGGAGUGCAACUAGCACUGAAUGACGUUUCUCCAGCGUCUCAACAACUCGGGACACUCAAUGGCAUCGCUUUGACGUGUACUAGUGCCGUUCGUUCCGUCGUGCCUGGCGUCGCUACUGCGGUCUAUGCUGUCGGAGUUCGUCAUCAGAUUAUAUGGGGCCAGCUUGCUUGGGUCAUUCUCAUUCCUAUAUCGACGGCGUUGACAAUUUGUUUGAGGUGGUUACGCAAUGAUGCGUCAUGA